GCCGCCGGGCUUAAAAGGCCAGACCCGAGAGACGGCCGCAGUCCCCGGCCCGGAGCCCAGCGCGUCUGCACCAUGGCAGGUUCCAGCCUCGCCUGCUGCCUGCUCGGCCUCCUGGCGAUGACCUCCGCCUGCUACAUUCAGAACUGCCCCCUGGGCGGCAAGCGCGCGGUGCUGGACCUCGACGUGCGCACGUGUCUCCCCUGCGGCCCCGGGGGCAAAGGCCGCUGCUUCGGGCCCAGCAUCUGCUGCGGGGACGAGCUGGGCUGCUUCGUGGGCACGGCCGAGGCGCUGCGCUGCCAGGAGGAGAACUACCUGCCGUCGCCCUGCCAGUCCGGCCAGAAGGCCUGCGGGGGCGGGGGCCGCUGCGCCGCCGCCGGCAUCUGCUGCAACCCGGACGGCUGCCGCUCGGACCCCGCCUGCGACCCAGAGGCCGCCUUCUCCCAGCACUGAGACCCGCCGGCUCCCAACACCGUUGGAGCGCAGCCCUCCCUCCCUCUGUAACCAUCCCCAGGAAUUAUGACAGUGAAAUAAAGCUGUUUUUUUUUCCCCUCCAA